CUGCACGCACCGCCAAAGGGUGAAGCAGAUAAUUGGAUAAGCAGCAGAGCCGCCGAGCAUCGACCGGACAUGGACCAGUUCUUCGGAAGCGCGUACCGGGGCGACCCGGGAGUUCCUCACUCGGGCCAUCAACCCUUUAAGACUAUAGGGAUCGGGUGUGCAUGCUUCGCCAUCUUCACCUGGAAUAACCCUUACAUAUGGCAAAUGACCAACCAAUACAAGUAUUCCCAAAUUCCAUCUCUUCUCAGGCUACUUUGGCAUGACAAAGCAAUGCUGUUUGAGCAAUAUCACUGGAAGAAGGCACGUGCAAAGAACCAACCCUACAAGUUUAAGUGGAAUGAGAAGAGCAAGACUGAACGUGACGCGUACUACGUCAACUGGCCUAUUUACUUUCCCUGAAGUCUUUCUCCUCACCGCCUGAUUUUAUAUCCAGAAUUUCACAUAUGGGUAUAGAAUCAAAACCCCGCCACCCUUAAUAAUUUGCAUUUUCUCGUUACUUGCAGACUUAUGUUGGAGAAUUUUUUAUUAGUACUGUUCCCUUAUGAAUAUUUGUGGUAUUGUGCUGCAAUGAUGUGAGGCUUGGACCUGAACUCCAUUUCUUAUUGUAUCUAGAGUGUGGUGAUUGAUUGAUCGUGUU